UCCGCCCCCCGCGUCCGCGGCCUGGUUGCCAUGGGGACGGCGCCAUGGAGGUGACAGGCAGCAACUACAUCGGGGGCCGCGCGCGGGGCAGGCUGGAGGGAAGCGGCUGCUACAUGCUCCCCACCAUGAGCCAGUACAAGGGCGAGAUGAAAGAUGGGAUGUUCCACGGGAAAGGAACCUUGCACUUCCCAAACGGAGGCAAAUACGACGGCGUCUGGGACCGUGGCAUAGCCAAGGAGGGGAAAUACACUUUUGCAGAUGGCCUCGAAUUCAAAGAAAAAAACUGGCAUUACUGUGAUAGCUACGACCGAAGGUUUUACACGGAAAUCUGUUCGGGUCUCAAACCUGCAGGUAUCUCACAGCUUACGAACUUAGAUCCUCCCAGGUCCAUCCCAGAAGGAUGUUAUGACUGUGGUGAUGGAUUUUACAACCCUAACACCAGAGUCAUCACUGACUACAAGCUCAGGUUUCUGAGGAAUGCAGAUGACGACGAACACGAAUGGAUCGUUCGGACUUGCCGAAAAGGUUGGGAUGAGAUCAUUGGACAUAAACCUAAACUCUGAGCACCGAUUUUGCUUUUACUGCGAUUUUGGAAAGCCGUGAAUUUGAUUCAUCCUUAAGUCUACAUUUCCUUGUGGAUCUACACCAGCCCCUUCGCGAAUGUAGCUUUUGUUAGCAUAAUAAAGCUGGAAGCAGGAUUUAA